GAUAUAAUGUACAUGUAUAAUGUUGUUCUCUGUUGGUGGCAUUUGUUGAGAGUGUUUCAGGAAUAAACAAUAUACUGCUGUAAGGUUUGGUUUCUCUAGCAGCAAUACCUGUUUAAAAUGAACGCCGUUACACUAGCUUGUGUUGUUCUCUGUCUCUCGUCUGGUCUGGAAGCCAGAACCUAUGGAAAUCCAUAUCGCCGGCGCGGUGGACCAGUCACACCAAUUAUUGAACCUUUCCCCGACCCCAACCCUGGACCAUUCCCCCCCAUUCCCCAAUCCCCAAUCCCCUGUCGAUUCGGUCUUCAGCUAAAUCAACAGGGACUGUGUACCAAUUUCCUCGGCAAUCAACAGUGCGCUGCGGGCUUCGUCUGUUUAUUUGGGCCAGCUGACGAGCCUGGGCCUUGUUGUUUAAGAAACAAUCCAUGUCGUUCUGGAAACCCAUUCCAACUUGGCGGUAACGCUGUAAGCUGUGACAGACAGAGUUGUCCAAGUGGAUUCAGAUGUAACCGAGGAAGGAACUUUGCAGUUUGUUGUCCAGACGUCCUCGGACCCAACCCUGGACACGAUCUAAGGCCCUGCCCGAAUAUAUUUUGUGCCGCAGUAUUCAUCGAACCAGAAUGCAGAAAGGAAGUCAUUACAUCCUUCAAUGGAGUCAGAUGUCUGGGAUGUCCCCAAAACAUUUGCAUCAAUAACAAUGGAUAUCCUAGGCCAGGACAGGGAGGAUAUGUGGGUUAAUUGUAGUGAUAGUUAUAUUAUUUACAUGUACUAGUUUAUCUGAUAUGAUUUUUGAAUGGUCAAUAAAUACGUUGUUUUGUU